UUACGUACUGGAAUAAUUGUACUCAUACUGUCAGUUUUUGUAGUAAGAAUUCGCAUUUAAAAAUAAUUUCACAUAAAUGUUUACUUAAUUAUUUAAUUUACAAGCUGAGCUGUAAUGAAAAUUGCGUAGAUUAUAAAUUAAUACCUAUCGAUUCCGAUUUGAUUGAGACGCUACACAACAGACUUAGAGAUCAUGUUGCAUCUGGUAAAGCUAACGUUGGAUUCACUCCAUCAGCCGCAGGCAAUAUGCAAAAGUUGAAAUGGAGUGACUGGCUUGCAGAAAUGGCAGAGAAUUGGGUUAGGUGCUGUGUCCAAUUAAACAACAAAACGCAGUACGAUCCUGGAAAGAAUAGUUCGAUAGGCCAAAACGUUCUAACCAUCACAACCAACCGUACACCAGAUGAAGAAUUACUAAUCUUAAACUGGUAUAAACAAAGUAACAACAUGGAGGAGACGGAUAUUAGAAAUUUCACAAGUGUGUCAAAUAGCCGCGGUACAAUUGGCCAUUACAGUCAAAUGAUGUGGGCAAAUACAAGAGAGGUUGGAUGUGCGAUGGCGAGUUAUGCUCAACUGAUGCCCGAGGGCAUCAAGACGGGUAACAAAUUGUUUAGAUUCGUUUGCAAUUACAAUCCGAUCGGGAAUGUGGUUGGCCAGCCGAUUUAUUUAAUUGAUACGUUACCCUGCUCCAUGUGCCCUAUCGGUUGUGACGUCGUAAUGAAGAGUUUGUGUAAAACUGAUAUGUUUCCAGUAAGUGAUUUCAGAGACCGCCCAAUUGCAAAAGAACUCAAAUUUACUCCGGUGUUUGAAGAAUCAGAGCCUCUUCCAAUAAUUGAUCAAGUGUAUACCUGGUUUAACAGUUAUGUCAGAGUUACAGCCGUAGUUGACGAAGGCGCCAACUGCACAUGUCUCCUAAGACUACCUAAGAAAUAUCAAUUAGAUGAAGAGUAACAUAAUAGUAAAUUUUGUGUUAUUUUGAUUUGGUAGUUAAUUAACACUUAAUAUAGCAAACAAAAAAUAUAAUUCAU